AUGGGAAAGGAAAAGAUCCAUAUCAACAUCGUUGUCAUCGGACACGUCGACUCUGGAAAGUCUACCACCACUGGACAUCUCAUUUACAAAUGCGGAGGUAUCGACAAGAGAACCAUCGAGAAAUUCGAGAAGGAAGCCCAAGAAAUGGGUAAGGGUUCCUUCAAGUAUGCUUGGGUACUCGACAAGCUGAAGGCUGAGCGUGAACGUGGUAUCACUAUCGAUAUUGCCCUUUGGAAGUUCGAGACUGCUAAGUACUACAUCACUAUCAUCGAUGCCCCAGGACAUCGUGAUUUCAUCAAGAACAUGAUCACGGGUACUUCCCAAGCCGAUUGUGCUGUGCUUGUUGUUGCUUGCGGUACUGGAGAGUUCGAAGCUGGAAUCUCCAAGAACGGACAAACUCGCGAACAUGCUCUUCUCGCCCAAACACUUGGAGUCAAGCAACUCAUCGUUGCCUGUAACAAGAUGGACUCUACUGAGCCACCAUUCUCUGAGGCCCGUUAUACCGAAAUCGUAAAUGAAGUCAAGUCCUUCAUCAAGAAGAUCGGAUACAACCCAGCUACUGUUGCCUUUGUCCCAAUCUCUGGAUUCAACGGUGAUAACAUGCUCGAAGUCUCCACCAACAUGCCAUGGUUCAAGGGAUGGGCUAUUG